AUGCACUGUGAAGAUGAAAUGAAGUCCUCCAGCAACGGGAAGGAUGCCAGCAUGGCUGCGCUGUACCAGGGCUGCGGGGCUGAAGUCAAGUGUGCCAAGGGCAAGAGACCCAAGCAGCUCAACCUGGUCAGCCCCCUGGCAGUGUUCCGAUACUCGCAGUGGCAGGAGAAGCUGCUCAUGGUGCUGGGCACUGCCAUGGCAAUCCUGCACGGGGCAGCCCUGCCCCUGAUGAUGAUCAUCUUCGGGGACAUGACAGACAGCUUCAUUUCUGCAGACAACAUCACCUACCCAGCCAACAGCUCCUUCUUCAACAGGACUAUCACAGACUUCUCCCUAGACUUCUUGUCUUAUGCUCUGGUGGGAAAGCUGGAGGAGGAAAUGACCAGCUAUGCCUAUUACUACUCUGGCAUUGGAGCCGGGGUCCUCUUUGCUGCCUACAUCCAAGUCUCAUGCUGGAGACUGGCUGCUAACAGGCAAAUCAGAAGAAUCAGACAAGAGUUCUUCCACGCUGUGAUGAGACAGGAGAUUGGGUGGUUUGAUGUCAGUGAUGUAGGAGAACUCAACUCUAGACUGGUGGAUGACAUCUCCAAGAUCGAUGAAGGGAUCGGGGAAAAGGUGGCAAUGUUCUUUCAGGCAGUGGCCACCUUCUGCUCUGGCUUUAUAGUUGGCUUUACAAAGGGCUGGAAAUUAACCCUGGUGAUCCUGGCACUCAGCCCUGUCCUGGGACUCUCCUCAGCUCUCUGGGCAAAGAUAAUCUCUGCCUUCACCAACAAAGAGCUGACUGCGUACGCGCGCGCCGGAGCUGUCGCGGAAGAGGUCCUGGCAGCAAUUCGAACUGUGGUAGCAUUUGGAGGACAGAAGAAGGAAAUUGAGAGAUACCAGAGAAGGUUAGAAGAUGCCAAGCGCCUUGGCAUCAAAAAGGCCAUUUCAGCCAACAUUUCCAUGGGCAUUGCUUUCUUCCUGACCUACUCCUCAUACGCCUUGGCCUUCUGGUACGGCACCACUCUGAUCCUCUCCGAUGACUACACCAUCGGGACAGUCUUUACGGUCUUUUUCUCUAUCUUGCUGGGAGCUUUUGGCGUGGGGCAGACUGCCCCCAGCAUGGAGGCGUUCGCCAACGCGCGCGGAGCUGCCUAUGCCAUCUUCAGCGUCAUUGACAGCGAGCCUCAGAUUGACAGUUCCUCCAGUGCUGGGCACAAACCAAAGCACAUUCAGGGGGAUCUAGAAUUCCAAAACGUCCACUUCAGUUACCCUGCCAGGCCAGAUGCUGAGAUCCUGAGGGGCCUGAACCUGACGGUGAGCAGUGGGCAGACAGUGGCCCUGGUGGGCAGCAGCGGCUGUGGCAAGAGCACCACCGUGCAGCUCAUCCAGAGGUUCUACGACCCCAGGGAGGGCACGGUGAGCAUCGACGGGCAGGACGUCAGGAGCCUGAACGUGCGGUACCUGCGGGAGGCCAUCGGCGUGGUGAACCAGGAGCCUGUGCUCUUCGCCACCACCAUCGCCGAGAACAUCCGCUACGGCCGGCAGGACGUCAGCAUGGAGGAGAUCGAGAGGGCCACCAGGGAGGCCAACGCCUACGACUUCAUCAUGAAGCUGCCCAACAAGUUCGAGACCCUGGUUGGAGACAGAGGGGCGCAGCUGAGCGGCGGCCAGAAGCAGAGGAUCGCCAUCGCCAGGGCUCUGGUGCGCAACCCCAAAAUCCUGCUGCUGGACGAGGCCACCUCGGCCCUGGACACCGAGAGCGAGGCGGUGGUGCAGGCGGCGCUGGACAAGGUGAGGCGCGGCCGCACCACGCUCGUCAUCGCCCACCGCCUGCCCACCGUGCGCGGCGCCGACCGCAUCGCCGUGCUCGACGGGGGAGCCGUGGCGGAGCAGGGCACUCACGGCCAGCUGAUGGAGCUCAAGGGCAUCUACUACAAGCUCGUCAGCAUGCAGGCAUCAGGAGCUGAGGAUCUGUCGGAGGAGGAAGGAGAUGGCCCAGCUGUGCCCGAGGGUGCUCCAGCGGGAGCAGCUCUGAGCAGACCCAAGAGACAAUCCACUCGCAAAAGCAUGAGGAGGGGCCGAGGGCAGAGUGAUCAGCCUGGGGCUAAAGCUGCUCAGCCUGACACAAACCUACCUCCAGCUUCCUUUCUGAAGAUCCUGGCUCUGAGCCAGCCCGAGUGGCCCUACUUCGCCGUGGGCAGUGUGUGUGCAGUGGUCAACGGCGCCCUGCAGCCCUCCUUCUCCGUCAUCAUCUCCGACGUCAUCGGGAUGUUUGUGGAGAAAGGAGAGGCUGCCAUCAGGGGCACAAACAGCACCUAUGCCCUGCUCUUCCUGGGCUUCGGCCUCAUCUCCUUCAUCACCUGCUUCCUCCAGGGUUUCACCUUUGGCAAAGCUGGAGAAAUCCUUACCAUGAGGCUCAGGUCCAUGGCAUUCAGAGCAAUCCUGAGGCAGGACAUCAGCUGGUUUGAUGAUCCCAGGAACAGCACUGGAGCACUCAUCACAAGGCUUGCCAGCGAUGCCUCACAGGUGAAAGGAGCUACAGGCUCCAGACUGGCACUGGUUGCCCAAAACGUGGCUAACCUGGGCACGGGGAUUGUCCUGUCCUUGAUCCAUGGCUGGCAGCUGACCCUGCUGCUCUUAGCUGUGGUGCCAAUCAUUGCUGUCACAGGAAUCAUCCAGAUGAAGAUGCUUGCAGGGCAUGCAAAGAAGCAUAGGAAGGACCUGGAGAUGGCAGGAAAGAUCGCCUCGGAGGCCAUCGAGAACAUCCGAACCGUGGUCAGCUUGACCCAGGAGAGGAAGUUUGAGCUGAUGUAUGGCCAGAGUUUGCAAGCAGCACACAGGAAUUCUGUGAGGAAAGCUCACAUCUUUGGCCUGACCUUUGCCUUCACCCAAGCCAUUAUGUACUUCACCUACGCUGGCUGCUUCAGGUUUGCUGCCUACCUGGUGAGAAAUGGACACAUGAGGUUCAAAGAUGUGCUGCUAGUGUUCUCAGCUAUUGUCUUCGGUGCCAUGGCGUUGGGGCAGAGCACCUCUUUCACCCCAGACUAUGCCAAAGCCAAGAUGUCAGCUGCCCACCUGUUCCUGCUCCUUGAGAGGGUCCCAGCCAUAGACAGCUACAGCGAGGAUGGGGAGCAGCCUAAAACCUUCGAUGGGAACAUUCAGUUCAGAGAGGUGACCUUCAACUACCCCGCGCGAGCCGAGGUCCAGGUGCUCCGAGGGCUGACCCUGGAGGUGGAAAAGGGCCAGACCCUGGCGCUGGUGGGCAGCAGUGGCUGUGGGAAGAGCACUGUGGUGCAGCUGCUGGAGAGGUUCUAUGAUCCCCUCUGUGGAGAAAUGCUCCUGGACGGGCGAAACGCGAGGAGGCUGAACGUGCAGUGGCUGCGGGCACAGCUGGGCAUCGUGUCCCAGGAGCCCAUCCUCUUCGACUGCACCAUCGCAGAGAACAUCGCCUACGGGGACAACAGCCGGCAGGUGGCACAGGAGGAGAUCGAGCAGGCGGCCAGGGAGGCCAACAUCCACUCCUUCAUCGAGUCACUGCCCAAGAAGUACAGCACCCGCGUGGGGGACAAGGGCACGCAGCUGUCGGGGGGGCAGAAGCAGCGCAUCGCCAUCGCCCGCGCGCUGCUGCGCCAGCCCCGCGUCCUGCUGCUGGACGAGGCCACCUCUGCGCUGGACACCGAGAGCGAGAAGGUGGUGCAGGAGGCCCUGGACAAGGCGCGGGCAGGCCGCACCUGCAUCGUGAUCGCUCACCGCCUCUCCACCAUCCAGAGCGCAGACAAGAUCGCCGUCAUCCACGGCGGCAGGGUGGUGGAGCAGGGCACCCACCAGCAGCUGCUGGCGCUCAAGGGCAUCUACCACUCCAUGGUCAACGUGCAGAGCGGCUCAGGCAACGUCUGAGGCUGGGCAGCAGCUGCUGCAGGGCAGCUGCACCGCUGGCCUCAGCCUGCUGCCGAGGAUGCCGCAGGACGGCUGGGGCAGGGCCUGGAAACAGCUUCCUUCAAGCCCAGCACGACUGAAGAGCUCAAGGACACUCAGCUGACCCCAGACCUCCCUCUCGCACAGCACAGGCCCUCACAGCUGCUCCUCCCGAGGGCUGCACAGCCGUGCAAGGCUCUGCUGGCCUGCCAGGCUGCAGCAUGAAGGCCUCCACCCCCGAGUGCUGUGUGCCACUUUGGGGUGCUCAGUCCAAGGAGGACAUUGAGGUGCUGCUCUGGAGGGUCCAGAGAAGAGCCCUGCAGCUGGUGAAGGAUCUGGAGAGCAGGUCUAAACCCAGAGCAAGGGGAAAAGGACUCCUGUGGGGAUGAGCAACUGGCUCAGCACCAGAGCCUGGCUCCUGCUCUUGGCCUGUCCAGGCACCAGUGUGUGCAGCCAGCUCCUGCCACCCCUCUGCUGGAGUCUGAGGCUGAAAAGCAAAUGGUGCCUGUCAGAGAAUCAUAGACCAGCUUGGCCUGGAAGGGACCCUCAGAGGUGACCCAGGUCCAACCCCCCCUGCAGUCAGCAGGCACAGCUCCAACUUGCUCAGGCUGCCCAGGGCCUCCACAACCUCUCUGAGCAACCUGUUCCACCACCCUCAGAGGAAUGAGCUUCUUCAUGUGCCAUUGGGCCUGCCCAGCUCCACCCCCCUGCCCUGCAGCCCCCUCUGCACUGCUCCCACAUUCCCUGCACCGAGUGUCCACUGCACUUUGUGCUUCAGCCCCACACGGUGCACAGGGCAGAACCCUGGCAGCACAUCUCUGAACCCAGCCUGCUCUGCUCCUGGCAAGGGGGGCACGGAGAGCCCACUUGUGCUCUCGACCCUCUGGUCUCUGUGGGCACUCUGCUGUCUUCAGCUCCUUUGGGAACAGAAAAUUCUGCACCCCAGCUGCCUUUCUCUCAGUGAGACCCCUGCCGGAACAGUUUCCCUGUUCCUGUACUUCUGCCAGGAUCUUUGUGCUCCCAGAAAGCCACAGGAAGUCAGGGAGAGUGGAGAAGAAUAAAGGCAGAUAAGUGACACCCUGCAGCAGCUUCCAAGCUGCUCCCCACCAGAGGUCAGAGCCAGUCCCUGCUCCCUGCCGCCACCGGCCCAGGGGUGAAAGAUUGUCACUGCCAGGCAGAGCUGGAGCAAUAAAAGUCACCCUGGAAUCAGAGAAGUGGUUUGCUUGGGAAACACCUCUCAACUCAGAGUCCAGCCCUCAGCUUAAGCCCACCAGGCACAGCUGCCUCACAGAAACCACAGCACCACACAGAGGGCUUGCGAGGACCUCAAAGGGCCAUCGAGGUCCAACCCUUCUGCCAGAGCAGGUUCCUGGGUGGGCUGAGAUCCUUCAGGUCCCCUCCACCCCAAAGAAUUCCAUGAGUCUAUGAAAAGUUCCAAAGCACCAGAGGGGAAAAGAACCCACAAAAUGAGCACCUCCCAC